AUGCAUCGUCUCUCUGCUGCCUCUACGUCCGCCGUCCGUCGCAACGCGACCAAGGCUGCGAAGCCCGUGCUGAAGCGCGGCGCGCAUAAGGAGGUCAAGUUCUCAAAUGAGGGUCGCGCGGCGAUCCUCAAGGGCGUUGACGUGCUUGCCAAUGCCGUCAGCGUUACGCUGGGUCCGAAGGGUCGUAACGUGAUCAUCGAGCAGCCGUUCGGGGGCCCCAAGAUCACAAAAGACGGUGUCACUGUCGCCAAGUCCAUCACCCUCAAGGACAAGUUCGAGAACCUCGGUGCUCGUCUCGUCCAGGACGUCGCCCAGAAGACCAACGAGAUCGCCGGUGAUGGUACCACGACUGCGACCGUCCUCGCGCGUGCUAUCUACUCCGAGGGAGUCAAGAACGUCGCUGCUGGUUGCAACCCCAUGGACCUCCGUCGCGGCUCGCAGGCGGCAGUCGAGCGCGUCGUCGAAUUCCUCGCCGCGCAUGCGAAGACUAUUACUACCACCGCCGAGAUCGCUCAGGUUGCGACGAUCUCAGCCAAUGGCGACACUAAGGUCGGCAACUUGAUCGCGCAGGCCAUGGAAAAGGUCGGCAAGGAAGGCGUCAUCACCGUCAAGGAAGGCCGGACGAUCGACGACGAGAUUGAGAUCACGGAGGGCAUGCGCUUCGACCGCGGCUUCAUCUCUCCCUACUUCGUCACGAAUCCCAAGUCGCAGAAGGUCGAGUACGAGAAGCCGCUCAUCCUGCUCGCGGAGAAGAAGAUCUCGUCCCUCCAGGAGCUCCUCCCCACGCUCGAGAUCGCCGUCCAGCAGCGCCGGCCGCUCAUCAUUAUCGCCGAGGACGUCGACGGCGAGGCCCUCGCAGGUUGCGUCGUCAACAAGCUCCGCGGCCAGCUCAACGUCUGCGCGGUCAAGGCUCCCGGCUUUGGUGACAACCGCAAGUCGAUCCUCGGCGACCUCGCGAUCCUCACCGGUGGCACGGUCUUCUCCGAGGAGCUCGACAUGAAGCUGGACAACAUCACGCCCGAUAUGCUCGGCUCGACAGAGUCGAUCACAAUCACCAAGGACGAUACCGUCCUUCUCAACGGCAUGGGCACCAAGGAUGCGAUCCAGUCGCGCUGUGAGCAGAUUCGCGCGCUCAUCGAGGACCGGACAACGUCGGACUACGACCGGACGAAGCUCCAGGAGCGUCUCGCGAAGCUCUCGGGCGGUGUUGCGGUCAUCAAGGUCGGCGGGUCGUCCGAGGUCGAGGUCGGGGAGAAGAAGGACCGUUAUGACGACGCGCUAAACGCGACCCGCGCCGCGGUCGAGGAGGGCAUCCUCCCCGGUGGUGGUACUGCGCUGCUCAAGGCAUCGCUCGUGCUCGGCUCGUCGACGCCCGGCGCCCAGGGCUCCUCGCCCGUUGCGCCCGACGCGAAGCCCAUCCCCACCGCGAACUUUGACCAGGAGCUCGGUGUCUCAAUUAUUCGUCGCGCGAUCACAAACCCGGCGCGCACGAUCAUGUCGAAUGCGGGCGAGGAGUCGUCGGUGAUUGUUGGCACGCUGCUCUCGCAAUACGGCGGCGCGGACAAGUUUGCGUGGGGCUACGACGCGAGCAAGGGCGAGUACGUUGACAUGAUCAAGGCCGGUAUCGUCGACCCGCUCAAGGUCGUACGUACGGCGCUCAUCGACGCAGCGGGUGUGUCCAGUCUGUUGACGACCAGCGAGGCAUGCGUCGUCGAGGCAGACGAGCCCACGCCCACGGGCCCGCCGAUGGGCGGCAUGGGCGGUAUGGGUGGCAUGGGCGGGUUCUAA